UUUUGCUUUCCGACUGAGCGUUAUACCAGGUCGCCAGCUAUAUUACGGACUGUAUACCACUAUAAAUGACAUGUUCCAUGGAAUUUCCGAAUAUGACUGUACAUUUCUUCACUGGACGUCGUUUUCUUUAUGAGGAGACACAAACCGGCCAAAAGUGACAUAAACAGCGUUUAUAUAACAACGCACGACCGCAAACGUAAAGUGAGGAAGUUUGGUCCUAAUGAGCCGCCGUAGUUGUCUCAAUCCCAGACUUAGCUGCUGCUGUAGGGGGAUUGGAAGGGGAUCAGUCUGCCUGGCUUCCACAUAGACAGGGAGGGAGAGGAAAUCCCAUCAUGUCUGGUGAAGCGAAGCAGAGGAAGAAAGGAGGAUCUCCGUCCAUCAAGGAGCCGAGGGAUGGAGCCAAGAACGCAUCCGGACAGCAGCCUCAGAAGAAGACGCCGCUUCCUGGCAACGGGUCCUCGCAUCUUGAUUUCCGGACGGCGCUGUGUACCUUAUGCCUGGCGGUGUGUGGGGCACUGACGUGGAUUGUGUUUCAGCAGUCGCAGAACUUCACCCUCCUGGAGCAGAAGUAUCAGUCUCUGCAGUCGUCCUCAUCAGCGCUACAAGAGCUGGAAGACAAAGUAGGACAAAUGUUUGGAAAGCUCGUGUCCACCGAUGCGGUCCUUGCAGAUGCAACAUCAUCAUCUUCACUAGUGAGCAACCUACAGCAACAGUUGACUAACCUCUAUAAUGAAAUCGAUCUCAUCCAAGUCCGUGAGCGAUCACUCUCUGAGAAGAUGCAGACGAUCAACCUGAGGUUUCAGAACGUCACCGAUUCAUGGAAGAAGAGCCUUGAUGAGAUGAACCUCGAAACUGACUCCGUCAAGUCCGAAGCCAAGUCUUUCCAUAACCAGAUGACUUUGAAGGUCAACUCCGCUGACCAAACACUCAAGCAGCUCUCGGAGAAACUUAAAGAGUUUGAAUCGGGGACUCUUCGAAACUUUAGAACGGUGAAAACCCAGGAAGACGAUGACCUUCAGCGCAUGUCUGAGAUUCUCGAAUGGGAUGAUAAUGCUGUCAAGGAGAUGGAAAAGGAACAGAAUGACUUGGCCAAUAUAAACGAAGAGGUGCUAAAGAGCAUGGCCGAAUUCCAGCCUAAACUGACGGAAUGCAUACAGCAUUUGCCAACGGUCGAGACCGCCGUACGUAGCCUUCUGAAGGUGUCCAGUGAAAUGCAGGACUUGGACAAAAAGGUUAAUACAUUGACCGAGCAGGUGUUUAAUACCGAGGACAACUUGCUGAAAAUCAUCACAGAGACUUUGGAGAUCCAGCACACGCUGGAAAGGAUGCAGUACGACAACAGUAUUCUAAAACUGCAAAACGAUGUAUCGGUAUUAAAGGAGAAGGCCGAUAUUUUGUUGAAAGUUGAUGAAAAGCCACUUUCAGAAGAAAAUGAACCAGAUGAGAGUUAAAAUUAUGGGACAAAAACAAUGUAAUCCUGUUUUUUAAGGGCACUUUUAGGGCACUAUAGACAUGCAUCUAUCUAUCUCACAGACAUUGAAAGUUGCCCAUCCUUGAUCCCAAUGAGUAGAUGCCAGUCUACAAAACAAGGACACAUUGAUGUUCUUGCCAUAUUCUUCUCCGUCACAGCCUCAUUUGCUUUGAUAUAAACUUCACCACUUUUAUUGCCCUAUAAGUUUAUGCUGACAAGUCUCCAUUAUGGAAGCAAUGCAAAUCUAGAAAUACCAUCGUUGACUACGAGACCUAUUCCCUUACUAGGAUGCUGCAUACUAUUUAGUAAUCAGUGUUACAUAAAUAUUGUGCUGGGUACAUUAUUGCUAUUAUAUCAAGGGGUAUAUAAAGGGGGUUGUCCCACCAACAACACAAAUUAGGGGAUAAGUGUAUGAUCGUGGGGGUCCUACCACUGGGACUUUCCGUAGACUUAAGAACAGGGGGUUCUUGAGGCUACUGCUACAAUGCACCACCACUUAAUUCACUGUCUGUGGGACUGCCGAAGAUAGCCUAGUAAGGGCUAUGUCCAACAGUCCCAUAGACGAUAAAUGGGACAAGAAUGACCACGCGUGGCCGGUGCUACAUUAAAACAGUAAAUUCAGGACCACCAUUCUCAAGAUCAUGAAGGGUCCCAUUGCUCAGACCCCCAGCAAUCAUACAUAUAUCUCCUGUAAAUUGGUGGGACAACCCUGUGAAUAGGUGGAUCAAGUGAAUGUCUACCUUUUAAUAACAGAUCCAACAUUGUGUUGAUCAGUUUCUUAACCCCUUAAGGACUCAGGAUUUUUCCAUUUUUGCAUUUUCGUUUUUUCCUCCUUACCUUUAAAAAAUCAUAAUUCUUAAAAUUUUGCACCUAAGAUCCAUAUGAUGGCUUAUUAUUUGCGCCACCAAUUCUACUUUGUAAUGACAUCAGUCAUUUUACCCAAAAAUCUACGGCGAAUCGGAGAAAAAAAUAAUUGUUCGACAAAAUUUGAAGAAAAAAAACACCAUUUUGUAACUUUUAGGGGCUUCCGUUUCUACGUACUACAUUUUUCUCUAAAAAUGGCACCUCUUAAUUCUGUAGUUCCAUACGAUUAAAAUGAUACCCUACUUAUAGAGGUUUGAUUUUGUCGUACUUCUGAAAAAUCAAAACUACAUGCACAAAAAUUAAUACGUUUAAAAUUGUUAUCUUCUGACCCCUAUAACUUUUUUUUUUUUUUCCCACAUACGAGUCGGUAUCAGGGCACAUUUUUUUGCAACCGUGAUCUGAAGUUUUUAGCGGCACCAUUUUUGUUUUGAUCUGACUUUUUGAUAACUUUUUAUUCCUUUUUUUUAUGGUAUGAAAAGUGACCAAAAAUACGCUAUUUUGGACUUUGGAAUUUUUUGGGCGCGUACGCCAUUGACCGCGUGGUUUAAUUAACGAUAUAUUUUUAUAAUUCGGACAUUUCCGCACGCGGCUAUACCACAUGUUUAUUUACAAUGUUUUUUGUUUUGUUUUUUAAAUGGGAAAAGGGGGUGAUUCACUGAGCAGUCAUUCAGCGAUCGGACACGCAGGACGCAGGUAGGGAUCCUCCGGGUGUCCUCCAGCUGUUAAGCAAGCCGCAAUUUCUCCGCGGUGGUCCCAAACAGCCCACUAAGCUUACCGGCAGUAGUUUACUUUCAAUUUAGAUGCUGCAAUCAACUUUGAACGCCAUGUCUAAAGGGUUAAUAGCGCACGGCACCAUGAUCAGUGCCGCACACUAUUAGCCACGGGUCUCGGCAGUUGUUAGAGGCCUGGCCCGACCUGCUAUGACACCGCGGCCCCACGUUAUAGAAAGGGAGCGGACUCAGGGCGUACAGGUACGCCUUGCGUCCUUAAGAGGUUAAAAGAUAGUUAUAGAAUUUGAUGCUCUGUAGCAAAAAAACUGUGUUUUAAAUCCACUGCAAAGACAUUGCGGUAACGUAUAAAAUUCUGGCUACUAGCAGCCAUCAUUAGGGGGAGCUCUGGAGCUUAUGAAAUAUUAUUUGCUUAUAAAAUAUAUAAAUAUAUGAAAUGAAUCAGAACAGAAUUUUGAGCCUAUUUAGAAAAAUAACCUGUGGUCAUUUACUUGAAGCCUUUGCUCUGAGUUUUGUCAACUUAUCCUGUUACACAUGAAUUUAUUUUAUUACCAGUGUACCAUUUGAGUUUAUGGCUGAUUUUUAGAUUUUUAUUUCUGUAACAGGUGCUCUCGCCAUUUUAAACUAUCCCUAGUUGAUGGAGACAUCCCUUGGGGAAAAUAGAUCAUUUCUAAGUGUUCCCUGCUGGGAUGCCAACUGAGCGAUGUACUCGUGUAUCUCUGGCGCUACCAUACAGAUGCAUUGAGGGAGCGUGUCAGCCACCGCUUUGUGCAGUGAUCGACACAGCUUCUUUUUAUGGGCACAGUGGGGCGACGGGCAGGAGAUUGCAGGGGAUCCGAGCGGUCGGGCCCCCUACGAUCAGAUGCUUAUCCCCUAACCUUUGAAUAGUUAAAUGUUUGUGGCAUUAGUAAUUCCUGAAAAGGCAACAUAGUGUUGACAUUGUACCAUUCCACACAAUGCAGUUAUUUUCAGUCUAAAUCUGACUGUUUAAAGCAACACUUCAGGCAAAAUUGAUACACAGUGCUGUGACUAACACGUGGUUGUUCAUUACAUAGUGACUAAUAAACCACUGAAAAGAGAAAGGAUGGCACCCCGUAAGCCCUGGUAUAAUACUGUGUACCUCAAUUUUUACUGGAGUUUUUUUUAAUGACCACAGAAAAUCAGGUACUUAAUGCUGCUCCAUUUAUUCCCUUUGGGGCAGAAAAAAGUUGUCAACAUUGUUGCAGUAACAGAAAAAGAUUAAACACUGUAGAAUUGCUUUUGUUUUAUUUUGUCGCCCUGCAACCUCAGGCUAUGGCAUAUGUAGAAAAUGUUC